UGUGGGGCACCGCCAUAGCCACGUUGCUGGUUGUGCUGGUGGAGAGGCGCAGGUGGCUGAGCCAGUGCUGCCCUGUGAGCUCCCUCCCCGCAGGAGCCUCUGCAGGACCCCCGACUCGUGUAGCCCUGCAGCCUGCUACAUGCUUCCCAGGCCGGAGAACACCAACACACCUUCAGUGUUGGUGUCAUUUGAAGAUGUGGCUGUGGACUUUACCCAGGAAGAAUGGCAGACAAUGGACAAUGCUCAGAGGACCCUGUAUAGGGAGGUGAUGCUUGAGACCUAUCACAAUCUGCUCUCCUUGGGGUACUCCAUGACAAAGCCUGAUGUGAUCUUCAAGUUGGAGCAAGAAUCAGCACCAUGGACAGUGGAGAAACCUGUGAAGCAGAGACUUCCAGAUCCCCAUGGAAAGAAUGAGCUGUUUGGAGCUAAUCAGAAAGGUCAAGAAAUAAUCUUCAGGCAAGUUUUAAUCACAAAAUUUAUAUAAUAACUGAAAAGAGAGCUGCAUUGCCA